AUGAGGUGGGGCCUCGGUGCUCACGAUAUUUGUUUCAAGAAUAAGUUCACAUCCACAUUCUUCAGUCUGGGACAAGUCCUUCCCACACACAGACUGUGGUAUUCCCCAUAUGGCGGCUUGUAUCAGCCAACUAUGACACAGGCUAUCAAGUUGCUUUCUGGUCCAUCACCAGCAUCAUGGUCAACCGCUUCAGAUUCUCCGCUGUCUACGACUCCUUCUUCAACACAACCACUCCUCUUCUCAACAAACGGCGUCGAUCAGAUCCCGGCGCCAUCUGCAUACCGAGAUUACCGUAACGCUUGGGUCCACGUAUUCCCUGAAGCUUGUUGUCACCAGAGCCCGGACAGUGGGUUACGCUACUUCAAAUGGGGUGUGUCUCGACUGAUUCUCGAGUCUGACCCUGCCCCCGAGUUCAUCCCCAUGUUCGUUCAUGGUACUCAACAGAUAAUGGCCGAGGACAGAGGAUGGCCAAGAUGGGCGCCACGGGUUGGAAAGACAGUGAGGAUAGUUAUAGGCGAACCAACCGAUGUUGAUCAAGUCUUUGGCCACCAGCGGGCUGCAUGGCGCAAACUUGUCGCAAAAGGAGAUCCAGAAUUGCUCCGAAACAGCCCGGAAGCUGCUGAAUUAAGAAUUUCGGUGGCAAAGAGAGUGAGAGACGAAGUCGAAAAGCUGAGAGAAGGUUUAGGGUUCCCAGCGGAACAGGGUGAAGCACCGGCCCUGGCAGAGACAUGGGCCAGGGAACCUCUUCAGACUAAGUUCAGGAGUCCUGUCGACGGGAGUCUUGUAAAUAGACAUGGUCCUAAAAAAUAA